CUGUAGCUUGUCUUGCAUUGAACCCGCCCUGCAUGAAAAAUUGUGGCGAAUGUUGUCUGUCUGUUCAUCUGCAGUGAGACGCUUGGAGAUAUUUGGCAAAACUCUUUUAUGUAUCGUAGCUGUUGCAAACGGAAAGUGUUAACAUCAUCUGCCAAUGCUGACCAGUUGUAAGGGGCCAAAUUUGCCAUGUUCCCUUAUCCCUCCCAGCAGCAUGCGUCUGGAUACUACCACCCAACUUCUUCAGAUGCUACCUCAAAUUCCAAUCAGUACUUCCUGCCACCAUGUUCAUCACCACAGUCCCGGAGUUUACAACAAUAUCUCCCAGCACUGCCCCAAGCACCAGUAGGACAGUAUCAUCAGGGUUCUUGGGCACAUACUGGAGCAGCUGUGCAGGCAUCUGUUGUAGCUCCUAUAGUUCCAUCGCCAGCCAUGAAUUAUGCAAUUCCUGCAGAGGCUGCAACACAGGGUGCUACCCUGUUUUAUGGACAGUAUCCUGUAGUCCCUUGCAGCCAAACUCUGGACAGCUCUGGAUAUCUGCCAUCCAAUAGCAAUUCUGGUGCAACAUUAGGAACGUGGUCAGUGUCAGGAUGCCCUGUUGAACCAUACUUGUUACACCUAACGUCUCCACCACCAAAGCAAGCUGUCAAGACAGAGCAAUUGGGUAGAGAAAGACUGUAUACUAGGCAAGGUAAUGUUACUCCCACACUGAUACAAAAGCAGGAACAGAUGCCAAGACCUACUGGUGCUCAAGUCUGUAAGACAGCUUUGGAACCAAUACCAGAGUAUGCAGAAACAAAACCUGAUUUGUCUGAGAAGUUGUUCUGGAAAUUCUUGGAAGUUUUAAAAACCUAUGGGCCUCAAGAGGUGAACAGUGAAAAACUUCUAAAUGUCUUCAUGAAUCUUAGCCCACAUGAGCGCAGAUUUAUCAUGUCUCAUGGAACUUUGAAAGAAUUUUUGUCCACAUUCCCAUCCCUGUAUUUGGAGAAUGGCUUUCUGUAUUUACGCCAGCGUGGAGCACCAGCUGAGGAUAAAACAAUUUCAGGGAGUGAAAAGAUCACCAAGGAGGAAACGGUUGGAAAUAUAAAUGAGAAUUGCAAAAACGAUUUAAUAGAGAUACCAAUGCAUGACAGAGAUUCACUGGAUGAAAUAGAUGACCGUGACUGUAUUAUCCCCGAGUCUCUGCAGCAGAAGUCUGUCUUUGAGGAUAUUGCAAGGACACAUGGGAUCUCAAUAGGGACAGCACAGGAAUGCACUUCAAAAACCUUCCCCACAACCGAGGAAUCAGUCAAAGAUCAGACUUGUGACUCCUCACAAGCUGUGUUGGAUCACAUUGACAAAGAGUGUGUUAGAAAGACCACUGAAAUACCAUGCAGUGAGUUGGUUCAGCAGACAAAAUAUGCAUACAGUGAAGAUGUCUGGAAACCCAAGGGCAUCGUGAACCCUAAAAUCAGUAAGGGGUGCACAAAAAGCAAGAUGUUGAGAAUUGAAUGUCUAAAUCAUGCUUUGACUGGAAAUUCUGACCAUAGUGAGGCAUAUCACAAUGAUCAUAUAAUUCCAUACACAGCAAAGGAUACACUAUCCACAAAAAAUGAUGCUCCAGCUGAUAUCAAACUGACAGAAGUGAUGAAUAAAACUCAAGAGCUGGAAAAUGUGUCCACCACCAAUCAAAUAUGUUCUGGAAUGCCAGUGCAGCAUUUUGAUGGAAAACAAGAUUUACCUGACUUUGCUGAUUUGGAAUUUGUGAUUGAAGCAUAUGAAAUGGGCAUGAAGUAUUGUCAGAAGAACACAAAAGAUGCCCUGCUUAUUGCAGCAAAACAGUUGGUUUUAGAGACGUUGGUUAGUACCAAAGAGAAUAUGAAAUUUACAGAUAGAAAGUUACUUGAUGAUAAGACUCCAACAAAGGAUGAAGUGCAUCCAAUGAAAACUACUGGGUCUCAAAGUGUCUUUUCCCAUGACAGUGGAUUUAAAGACCAAAAUGCAACUUUUUCUAGUCCAGAUAUUGAUUCUGAUACAAGUGACAUGGCUGUGUCUCAAGAACCUCAACUCAAACUGCCAGCACCAUCUGCAGAAACAUACCUCUCUCCAUCCAGAUUGAAAGCAACAGCUCCAGAGUUCAAAUUAAAGCCAAGUCCUUUAUCCCCAGGUGGUGGCACAGCCUCUUUAGUUGCAGGUGAUCCAAAGAUCAUAUCAUCAAAAUCGGAGACCUCCUCUCCAUCCAGAUUGAGGCCAGCGGCUCAGGAAUUCAAAUUCAAACCACUUGUAUCUUCAUCGGUGCCAUCAAUAGGGGGCUCCCCAUCAAGGCUGAAGGCUACAGUCUCAGAGUUUGUUCCCAGGUUCAAGCAGCCAGCCCUUUCCAAGAUACCUGAUAUAUUAUCAGUGCAGCACCAAGAGCAACAAACUGACCACCCUUCUUGUUACCAGAAAGAAACUGGCACCAGCCCCAGGAGACUGAAAACUAAAGAGUUUAGUGCCCAGUCUGCAGUGGACGUUGCAGAGGUGAUGAUAAAUACAGAAGAGUGUCUGUUUUCAGAAGAGUCCACAUACUAUGUGGAGCCAUGUCAAACUGCACGUAAAUCCACAAACACCGAAAUAUCAGGACGCAUCAGAGCUGAACCUAGGAUGCUGUCCAGGUAUACCAGCACAGAAUCUGGGUCAGUGGUGGAUAGAAAGAUUUUUGAUAAUGCUGUGACACAACUUAUUGCUGCAGAGAUCAAGGUACUUCAGCUACAAUUUUACUUGUGCUCUGAAAGACUGCUCAACUGGUUUGAAGAUUGGAAGAAACUGCAGAACCUUGACAGCUUUUCUAGAUAUGAUCAACACGUGAUGGACACUCUUAAUACUGGGAAACAAAAUGUAGGGGAAGAACUAAAAAGAAUGCAGGCGCUUUAUGAGACCAAUGUACGUGAACUGUGUAAGGGUGUUCCACUGGAAUCAUUGACUGCAUUGAAGGUCAAUUUACCUACUACACAAGGACCAAACAAGUUUUCACCUCGUGAAGUUGAUUACAACAAGAUUGUGAAGGCUUUCCUUGAGCAUUACUGUCCAAAUGAUUGUGUGGACCCUGAGGUGAUUGUGCUGAAUGAAAGGUCAUGGGACCGCUUCAUGACAAAAGAAUACAAGAAGGAAGCGCAGAAGGGGCAUGCUGCUGCAAUGCCAGAAGUGCCACUCCCAGUCAACCCUGAUUUGACACCAGAUCCACUGACAUUUGCUGGAAAUGUGCAGAAUGAAGUGCCAACUGUUGGGGUAACAUCCUCUGUCAAUCAGCUACAACUGCCAAAAUCCCAGAUAGCAGGUGGUGCCUCAUCAGCAGUUGGCCAGCAAAGUGACAAAGUGGUCUCCAGUUCUCUUCAGGCAGAGACAGUGCUACCUUGUGGUGAUAAUCCCAAGGGAUUUGAUGUCAUUGCCAAGAUUCAACUUUCAAAUGAUGACGAAGAGAAGAGAACCUUAUUACGUAUUCCAACAAAAUGUCCACCAGGAUUGUCCAAUAUACAGGAGCCUAUUAUCAAGAAAGCAUUCAAGCCUUUAGGAAGAAGAGCUCUUAAACCAAGAAAAAACAAAGUUGCAGAGCCAAAAGUGUUGGUUUCAUCUGCUUUUGAAACCAGUGCUAGCGGUCACAACCAAUCAAAUAAAUUGGGUAACUCUAUUAUUCUCAGUGAAACUUAUUCAAAAUUACCAGAUAUGGAUGAUGGAAUCAGUGAGUCGAGUACCCUAACAUCAGAGGAAGUAGCCAUGCCUUUUAAAGCAGAUCUGCUGCAAGAUGCAAAGGCUUCUGAAAUGCAAAUGACAACAUCAACUAUUAAUGUAAGCAGCAGUCAGUGUGAUGAAAUGGCACCACAAAAGACAACAUUAGGUCUUCCUGCUGUGACAACAGACUUAUCACAGCAACAACAGGUGCCCCAAGUCAAUCCUGUCGCUUACCAAUAUGUUGUUUCUCAGCUUCUCCAGAUGAAUCCCCAGCUAAUAGAAAACCCUGCAGCUCUGCAGUACAUAGCUGUGCAGCAGCUUAUUACCAUGCAGCAACUGCAAACUGGAAUGCUGGCUACCACAACCUAUGGUGGGCAGAGCGAUCCAUCAACAUUGGCUACAGCAGGCUUGGGUACACACAGUCAUCUUACAGCAUUGGCUACAGCAGCCUAUGGCACACAAAGUGAUCUGGCAUCUUUGGCUGCAGCAGUUUAUGGCACACAGAGUGAUACAGCAACAUUGGCUAAAGCAGCUGGCUUUGGCGUUCAAAAUGACCCAUCCACAGUGGCUUUUAGCGCACAGAAUGGUACAAUGAACUUUGACACCUUCAGUGGCCUCAGUACCUUGGCUAAAGUUUCCCCUGGGACACAGAAUGAUAGAAAAUCCAUGUCUCAUGUCAAAUCAGUAACGCUUGAUCAGAGCAAUUUUGUUAUUCCACAGGCAGGACAAGGGGAUGAAAGUGCUGGUCCAGGAAAGGCUAUUGCCAGUGUUUCACCAGACCAACAGAAAAGAUGUUUUCCAUUAACUGGAGAAAGCCAGGAUAAGCUUGCCACCAAAGAAGCCCAAGGAGACAUGCCACCAUAUCAUAGGGGAGCAGUACAACACAGCACCUUGGAGGUAGAAAAGGCCAGUUCUUCUGAGAGAUGUCAUGUAGAUUGCUCAAAACCAUUCCCUGAUGCCAAGUCCUUUUUGAUGAAUGAUGCUUCUGAUAGUGGCAGCAAUGAAAGCAAGUCAAUUCUGAGCCUUGCUCGAGGAAAUUAUACCAGCAGACAGAGUGCCCCUCUAAGAUAUGCUGCUGAGAAUUUGGCAACCACUGUUAUGAAUCAAACUUAUGUUCAUGAUAAAGCCUCUGGUUUUACUAAAGAGUACCAAGGACAGUUGGACAGAGACAGACAGAGUAGCAUCAGCUCCUCAGAGGGUGCAUCUUUUUCAAGAAGUUCUCUGAGCUUUCAAACUGCCAAGUCUCCGUUUUCAGAGCAGAGUUGUUAUGAAAGUGUUCCAACCAGUCCAAGAGCUGCAACAUCUGCAGAAUCUAACUCCUCAGAGUACAGCACCAGUACAAGUAGUCUGCCCCAAACACCAAGAGACCCUCAGAAUGUAAAGGGCAGCUUGUCACAGGAGUCUCUGGUUGCUGGUUUUGGCCUGCUGGAGCAAGGGGCUGGGGAAUGGAAGACAGUUGGUAGUAAAGGAAGGGAGCAGAAAGUGGAGUUGUCUGGUGGACAGAACAGACCGUCAGUAUGGCAAACCACCUCCAGCACCAGUGUGCGCACCACAGCAAUUCCCCCUGGCUGGAACACAACAGUAUCUAAGUCCCAGUCAGGCCUUGCCAUUUCAGACAUACCACCUAGGUUUAGAGCUAAGAGGGCAUCGGAGAGUGAGGCCAGUGUUGAGCGUGUUAGUCCAGUGGGUGCUGGUGGACCAGCAGGAGGAAAUACAGGCCAAGGCAAAAGUCAGCAGCGUGGAAAGCAGCCCAGUAUACAAUCCACUGGUAGAUCGACCCCAGUAAUGUCCAUAUCUGGGCAACCUUUGCCCAUUGUGCAGAGCUCCAUUUCUAAUGUGACAGUCAAUACAGUAGGGGCAUCUGGUUCAAUAUCCAAUAUGAAGGCGGACAAGGUAGAAACUGCCAAAAUUCAACCAUAUGUUGUUCCAGGCACCCCUUCCUCAAGGCCUAGUUCUCAUAACUCUGAGAUGGACAGUAUCCAGCUGGCAGACAGUCAUAUUGGGAACGAACAGGUUGAGGACAGUGAUGAAUGGCAACAGGUGAGUAAAAAGAAAAAGAAGCCUGAUGUUCUACAGGAGCACCUAUCCAGCAAACCACUUCAAACAACUGGGAGCACAAAAGCCAGCAACUUUGAACGCCUUAUAGGCAGACUGCUGGAGAAAUUUCCAAAACUUACAAGAGCUAAAUUUUACUUCCACUAUAACUACUUUUUACAUGUUCAGGUUGAUUACAACAAGAUUGUGAAGGCUUUCCUUGAGCAUUACUGUCCAAAUGAUUGUGUGGACCCUGAGGUGAUUGUGCUGAAUGAAAGGUCAUGGGACCGCUUCAUGACAAAAGAAUACAAGAAGGAAGCGCAGAAGGGGCAUGCUGCUGCAAUGCCAGAAGUGCCACUCCCAGUCAACCCUGAUUUGACACCAGAUCCACUGACAUUUGCUGGAAAUGUGCAGAAUGAAGUGCCAACUGUUGGGGUAACAUCCUCUGUCAAUCAGCUACAACUGCCAAAAUCCCAGAUAGCAGGUGGUGCCUCAUCAGCAGUUGGCCAGCAAAGUGACAAAGUGGUCUCCAGUUCUCUUCAGGCAGAGACAGUUCUACCUUGUGGUGUCAUGCAAUCCACUGGUGAUAAUCCCAAGGGACUUGAUGUCAUUGCCAAGAUUCAACUUUCAAAUGAUGACGAAGAGAAGAGAACCUUAUUACGUAUUCCAACAAAAUGUCCACCAGGAUUGUCCAAUAUACAGGAGCCUAUUAUCAAGAAAGCAUUCAAGCCUUUAGGAAGAAGAGCUCUUAAACCAAGAAAAAACAAAGUUGCAGAGCCAAAAGUGUUGGUUUCAUCUGCUUUUGAAACCAGUGCUAGCAGUCACAACCAAUCAAAUAAAUUGGGUAACUCUAUUAUUCUCAGUGAAACUAAUUCAAAAUUACCAGAUAUGGAUGAUGGAAUCAGUGAGUCAAGUACACUAACAUCAGAGGAAGUAGCCAUGCCUUUUAAAGCAGAUCUGCUGCAAGAUGCAAAGGCUUCUGAAAUGCAAAUGACAACAUCAACUAUUAAUGUAAGCAGCAGUCAGUGUGAUGAAAUGGCACCACAAAAGACAACAUUAGGUCUUCCUGCUGUGACAACAGACUUAUCACAGCAACAACAGGUGCCCCAAGUCAAUCCUGUCGCUUACCAAUAUGUUGUUUCUCAGCUUCUCCAGAUGAAUCCCCAGCUAAUAGAAAACCCUGCAGCUCUGCAGUACAUAGCUGUGCAGCAGCUUAUUACCAUGCAGCAACUGCAAACUGGAAUGCUGGCUACCACAACCUAUGGUGGGCAGUGCGAUCCAUCAACAUUGGCUACAGCAGGCUUGGGUACACACAGUCAUCUUACAGCAUUGGCUACAGCAGCCUAUGGCACACAAAGUGAUCUGGCAUCUUUGGCUGCAGCAGUUUAUGGCACACAGAGUGAUACAGCAACAUUGGCUAAAGCAGCUGGCUUUGGCGUUCAAAAUGACCCAUCCACAGUGGCUUUUAGCGCACAGAAUGGUACAAUGAACUUUGACACCUUCAGUGGCCUCAGUACCUUGGCUAAAGUUCCCCCUGGGACACAGAAUGAUAGAAAAUCCAUGUCUCAUGUCAAAUCAGUAACGCUUGAUCAGAGCAAUUUUGUUAUUCCACAGGCAGGACAAGGGGAUGAAAGUGCUGGUCCAGGAAAGGCUAUUGCCAGUGUUUCACCAGACCAACAGAAAAGAUGUUUUCCAUUAACUGGAGAAAGCCAGGAUAAGCUUGCCACCAAAGAAGCCCAAGGAGACAUGCCACCAUAUCAUAGGGGAGCAGUACAACACAGCACCUUGGAGGUAGAAAAGACCAGUUCUUCUGAGAGAUGUCAUGUAGAUUGCUCAAAACCAUUCCCUGAUGUCAAGUCCUUUUUGAUGAAUGAUGCUUCUGAUAGUGGCAGCAAUGAAAGCAAGUCAAUUCUGAGCCUUGCUCGAGGAAAUUAUACCAGCAGACAGAGUGCCCCUCUAAGAUAUGCUGCUGAGAAUUUGGCAACCACUGUUAUGAAUCAAACUUAUGUUCAUGAUAAAGCCUCUGGUUUUACUAAAGAGUACCAAGGACAGUUGGACAGAGACGGACAGAGUAGCAUCAGCUCCUCAGAGGGUGCAUCUUUUUCAAGAAGUUCUCUGAGCUUUCAAACUGCCAAGUCUCCGUUUUCAGAGCAGAGUUGUUAUGAAAGUGUUCCAACCAGUCCAAGAGCUGCAACAUCUGCAGAAUCUAACUCCUCAGAGUACAGCACCAGUACAAGUAGUCUGCCCCGAACACCAAGAGACCCUCAGAAUGUAAAGGGCAGCUUGUCACAGGAGUCUCUGGUUGCUGGUUUUGGCCUGCUGGAGCAAGGGGCUGGGGAAUGGAAGACAGUUGGUAGUAAAGGAAGGGAGCAGAAAGUGGACUUGUCUGGUGGACAGAACAGACCGUCAGUAUGGCAAACCACCUCCAGCACCAGUGUGCGCACCACAGCAAAUCCCCCUGGCUGGAACACAACAGUAUCUAAGUCCCAGUCAGGCCUUGCCAUUUCAGACAUACCACCUAGGUUUAGAGCUAAGAGGACAUCAGAGAGUGAGGCCAGUGUUGAGCGUGUUAGUCCAGUGGGUGCUGGUGGACCAGCAGGAGGAAAUACAGGCCAAGGCAAAAGUCAGCAGCGUGGAAAGCAGCCCAGUAUACAAUCCACUGGUAGAUCCACCCCAGUAAUGUCCAUAUCUGGGCAACCUUUACCCAUUGUGCAGAGCUCCAUUUCUAAUGUGACAGUCAAUACUGUAGGGGCAUCUGGUUCACUAUCCAAUAUGAAGGCGGACAAGGUGGAAACUGCCAAAAUUCAACCAUAUGUUGUUCCAGGCACCCCUUCCUCAAGGCCUAGUUCUCGUAACUCUGAGAUGGACAGUAUCCAGCUGGCCGACAGUCAUAUUGGGAACGAACAGGUUGAGGACAGUGAUGAAUGGCAACAGGUGAGUAAAAAGAAAAAGAAGCCUGAUGUUCUACAGGAGCACCUAUCCAGCAAACCACUUCAAACAACUGGGAGCACAAAAGCCAGCAACUUUGAACGCCUUAUAGGCAGACUGCUGGAGAAAUUUCCAAAACUUACAAGAGCUGACACAAUCAACCUGUUGAAGGAACUACGUACCAGACAUGGAGGGUUGCAAGGCAUUGGGCUGGCCCAGAUUUUAGAUGAAGCAGAGGUUGUGGUGAAAGAAUGGCAGAAAAAACCUGAAAGAACAUUUGAUUCAUCAAAUAAAGCAAUAGAGAAAGAGAUGGUUUGGCAGGCCAAGUAUAAGACAGAGAUAUGUAUGGAAUGGCUCACAUCUGGAAAGUGCAAGAUGGGAUCAAAAUGUAACUUUGCCCAUGGCCAGCAAGAAGUUCGUGGAAUGCAAAAAACUGAGAUGUGUAAAUACUUCCUCAGUAAAGCUGGAUGUCCAUAUAGUAAAUGCAUCUUUGCUCAUGACCAGUCAGAGCUGUGCAGUCAACUCCCUAAGAAAUCUGUGCCUACCAAAGCACCACAGAAUGUGGUGCUGCUCUCUGAUGAUGAAGAUGAUGACGACGAUGAUGAUGAUUCUUAUGAGCAGUGCGUCAUCUGUUGUAGUAGUGUCAGAAAUCCACAGAGUGAAAAGCGUCUGGAAUGUGGACAUACUUUUCAUGAUAAAUGUAUCAGUAGAUGGGUCCUAGGAGAAGAGAGGACUUGUCCAACUUGCCGCUCCUUAGCUUUACUUCCAGAGGAAUUUCCCAGACUUUCCAAGCAAUGACAGUUUUCAGAAAGGGACAAGCACAGCUGAAUUUGUAUACUUAUUUCAUAAAUCAAGUGAACUUGUUUUUAAAACUAAGCUUGUACAGGUCUACUGGAAAGAGCAAAAUUCUGUGGUUUAAGUUUGCGCAGAAAUUGGUUGUCUGUUGAUACUACUAGUACAUUGCAUAAACAAUCUAGGCUUUCUAUUACAGUUUAAUUUUCUUUCAGACUUUGUUCUUGAGCAAAGGUUCAGUCAUCAAAUCAAAAACCAAAAAGGUUUUAAAGUUGUAAAUAUUACGAACAUGUCUAAAAGAGUAUAAAUAGCAAAAUCAUCACUGAAGUGUUCGUGAUGAUAAUGCAAAGUUCAUUUUUUAAUCUUCCAAAACACAGUGGGAGUAUUGUGUUUUUAACUGCUUAUAUUUGAAUAUUUUCAUUUGAAAAGAUUUUUUUAGAAUAAAAAGCAUAUUAAUUAA